AUGGACAACUUUCCUCGACCUUUUCACAUCGCAAUCAAAGGCCGCUUUGUAGUUGGCCCUGAGCAAUGCCCACAAGGCGAUUUCGACCAGAAAUUUGCGAUUUUGGGAGAGCCUGGCGACAGAGGUAAUGCUGCGACCUUCACCCUACGUGACGGAAUCCUGUGCCGUGGUGAUGAAUGGGCAAUGGGAAGGGCCAUAGCCGGUCCGCCGCCGAUGAUCCCCAUACCUGCUGUAUGGGUCAGGAAUCUUGGGUCGCUGCAUCGAAUGACUGUUGCUCCCGGUCCACACGGCAUGGGACUUGUGGACGAGGGCGAGGGCUCAAGUUUUGGCACGAUGGAGGAGGAUGGAACCAGGGUCUUCAGUAUGCCCUCGAACCUUAUUAACAGUCAAGGCAGUGAGGAUGCAUUGCAGUUGCAUUUUGUCGACUAG